AUGGGAAAUUGGUGGCUGCAGAGAGGCGGCACACCGUCCACACCAUCCACAAUAUUUUGGGACUUUGUCAAGCCCCGAAUACACCUGUCGAUGACGUUGCGUGGCACUGAAGGCACUUCCCUCGCUCUUUCUGUUCUAAAGCUUGGAUUGCUGGCACGUGUCUUGCCCUCGUGGUGGUUUGGAGGCCGUCGAGCAUCUUUUGUUUCAUGCGCCAAGAACAUCAAGAGGACUAAGGGCUCCAUGACAGCGCCCAUCAACGGGUGGCAGACGGGAACACGUCCGAUCCCCAUGUCACUGGGUCGGCCCUUUAUAGUACUGUAUAGAAGGCGGAUGCGAAUCCCUGAGAAUAAUCAAGAUUUGGUGUACCCGGUACAGUUGAACCAAAAUCCCAACAUCCAGUCAUAUGAUUGGCAUGGAAAGAGGCAUAUCUCUAUACUUCGUUUCCUUCACAACAUGCUCGUUCUAGGCGUGUGGGUGACCUGGCAAGUGCCCUGCUGUGGUUUCGCACCUCUUAUCCAACUCAUUGCACUUAGAGCAAUGAAGGUCAUCAAUCUUUCUGUUUCUGAAGUUAGAUUAGACUCUGAAAAAGAUUUGAAUGAUGAACAUGGAAAACACAAGGUCGUUACAAUACCUAUUGAAGUUGGCCUCGGUGUUGUCCGAAAAAGGCAAGAGGAGGACGGGAGGAAGAGACAAGAACGACCCACAUUCCACCUACCCCGCCCGAUCCUUUACCACCCGGAUGUCCUCAACCCCUGUCGACAGAUCUCGCUUGCUCCUUCAACUUCAUCUCACGAGCAUUAG